UAACCAAUAACAAUUAAUUCGCCUAAAGAAUCUGCUAACAAAAUGGCUGAAUAUGCUCGACGUGUCCAUGCUAAGGGACCUGUCAUUUGCUUGAACAUGUUUUGUUACGUUCUGUUAAUAUUUUGUACGGUGUUGAGUGUUAGUGGUGAAGAACCAGGUAACUUUCUUGCACAGAAAGAUGCCCCAGAUGCUGCUAAUCAAGGUGAUCGGAUUAACCCAAAGUUUGGUUUACGACAAAAUAUGGGUUCUGGCAAUCAACCGUUAUAUGAACAAACUAAUCCUGGAAGGAGACAGAUACCACCCGAUGUUGGAAUCAAAACAGAUGCACGGAACAAUGUCUUGUUGGCAUCACAUCCUGAUUGCAUGGAAGAUGUUGUCAUGCUAUGUAAUGCCACUGUAAUGAGGAUGAAUAAUUUUGCAAUUCUCGACUGUUUACAACAGGAUGGAGCUGUUCAGGCAAGAGUAUCAGAAAAAUGCCAGCAUUUAGUAUGGGAGUACAAGCAAAACCUGACCAAGGAUGACCGCUUUGAGUCUGGGGUAAAUGAAGUGUGUAAAAAGGUCUUUGAAGAGAACCCUGAGUGCCAUGCCCUGCCCGCAGGUGUUGGGCAGCGUAUCCCCUGCCUGAUUGAGGUCAUGGACAAUGUCACAGAUCCCGGCUGCCAUCGCUUCCUUACCAAGAUGGCAAACAUUGUCUUUGGAGAUUACCAGCUGGUCUGGCAUUUUAUGGAAAACUGUAAAGAUGAUAUCAACAGCUUCAAGUGUGGAAGAUUGGACAAUGACUCCGAUAAAAUGCAUUCUCAAGGGAAGACUAUACUUUGCUUAGCAAGGCAAAUUGGCAUGCUGAAGAACCCAGAGUGUCGAAAGCAAGUCCUACGAGUUGCUGAGUUGCAGUCAGACGAUUACCACAUGGAUCGCUCACUGUACUAUGCGUGUCGUGACGCAAGGGAGAUGUUCUGUGGUCAAGUGCAUUCUGGGAACGGAAAAGUGUUUGAAUGCCUGUUUAAAAACAAAAUGCAUCCUGAGAUGCCUUCAAAGUGUAAGGACCUACUCCAAGUGCGCCAGAAACUAAUUGCAGAAGAUGUCAAAGUGGAGAAAUCGUUCUACGAUGCAUGUCAUGCUGAUAUCAUCAAGAACAAAUGUAUCGCUGGAAUGGACACAGCUGGGGGUCAUGCUCAACGCUCCACUAUCCUCCUUUGUCUGGAGAACGGUUUGAAGCAAGGCUUCAAGCCAGCAGGAGAAUGUAUGACACAGAUGAGCUUGCUCAGGAAAUCUUUGAUGGAGGACUAUCAGAUAACACCAGAGAUUGUUUCCAACUGUGGCCUCGAGAUUGACAAGUUUUGUCGUACGCAGGCAGGCUUGGAUGAACAGGGCGGCACCAUUCACUGUCUCAUGCAAAUGGCCAACCCCAGGGAGAGGGAUAGGAAGAAUCAGAAAGAUCAUCCUCACGCUAAGGAUCCUAGAGAAGAUUUCAGACCUGAAUGCAAAGCAGCAUUGGAAGAUUUACUGAAGGAAGCAGAUGUUGCGGAGGAUGCUAGUGUUGAUGGUGUGUUGAUGACAGCAUGCAGCAAGAUGAUCAAUGGAGAAUGCAAAGGGAAAAUCCGUACAGAACUUAUGAACUGCCUGAUUGAGAACAUUGAUGCUGAUGACAUGACUGAGCCGUGUGAGGACAAACUCAUUGAAAUACAGUACUUCAUUGUCAGGGACUUCAGACUGGAUGCUGACCUGUACAAGCAGUGUCAUGAGGAUGCCGUUAAUUUGUGCAAGGCCCCUAAUGACUGGUGGGCAAAUAAGGGUAACAAAGCAACUGCAGAGACCGAUCCAGAUGUGUUCCCAUGUCUGUACCGUCAUCUGCCAAACAAGCUCCAGGAACACAAGCAGGCCAUGAUGGACCACGAUGACAAUGAUGAUGAUGAGGAAGAGUUUAAGCCUGACGAACUCCCAAACCCACUCAGCAGGCAAUGUGAACAGGAAGUGAGACGAGUGAUGCGACAUCGUGCCAAAAGUAUCGACCUCGAACCAAGUCUGGAGGCAAAGUGUCUAACUGAUCUUGCAGUGUUGUGCUCUGACCUUGAACAUUAUGGCCAGGGGAAGAAACUGAAAUGUCUUCAAGAUAAGUAUGAAGAUAUUGACGAUAAAAAAUGCAAAGCUGAAGUUCGUAAGUUCAUCCGUGAUGAGGACGAAGACCUCGAUCUGGACACGAUUCUCAUGAAGGCUUGCACUCCAAUGAUCAAAAGCUUCUGUGAAGGCAUUUUAGACAACAACGCAGAUGCCUCCAAUGUUAUGAACUGCCUAAUUGAGAACAAGAAUCACAGAGAUAUGAACUCAAAAUGCAAGGCUGGAAUAGAACACCAUCAGAUUAUCCAAAUGAAGGACUACACAUUUUCUCACAAGUUCCGAGAAGCGUGCAAGAAAGAUGUUCUAGAGCACUGUAGAACCAGCAAAACAAAGGCGGACGUGGUAUCCUGCCUUAGUGAGAUUGUUCGCAACAAUAUCCUAUUAGAACAGACGCACAAUAUCAGUCAAGAUUGCCGGGAGGUACUGAAGAUUGACCUGCUGCAAAUGAGUGAAAAUAUCAAUUUAGAUCCAGCACUGAAGCAAGCUUGUGGCGAUGACCUUAAACAGUUUUGCAAGGGAAAUCAUAAUGAUGAUGGACAAGCCACUGAAUGUCUGAGAGAAAACAAGAAGUCUCUGUCAGCAGAGUGCCACAAGAAGGUGUUUAAACGUCAGCUGGAUGAAGUUAAUUUAGAUGCAGACUUCUCACUGUUCAGGACAUGCAAACAAAUGAUCAAGAAACACUGCUCACACAAAGACAACCAGGACAUGUUAAGCUGUCUGAAACAACAUUUAGAUGAAUUGGGACAUGAUGACCCCUGUAAGAAAAUGGUUCUGAAAAGAGCUAUGGAAAGCACAAAAGAUUAUCGAAUGAAUCCUAAGUUGGCUAAAGCGUGUAGAAGAGACAUUCCGAAGUUCUGCAAAGAAGACUUACAACACCAAAAGGAAGGGGAAGAAUUUGAGGGGCAGAUUAUAAAUUGUUUAAAAAAGCAGUUUACCAAAAAGGCAUUAUCCAAUGACUGUGCUGAUGAAAUCCGGCUUGUGAUCAAGGAAUCUCACAUGGACAUCAAUAUGGACCCUGUCUUAAUGAGGCAGUGCAGGAUCGAGAUUCGUAGCCUGUGCCAAGAUGCCCUGGGGGAGCAUGAUGUAGACAGGGAUCAGUUGCUGUUCCAACCCCAAAACACAGACACUAGAGUGAAGACUUGUCUGGAGGAGAAGUUUAAGGACGGGAAGAUUGAACUGAAAUCAAACUGUGGAAUGGAGAUAGCCAGAUGGCAGCUGGAAGUACAGAUAGAUGUGCAUAUCGAUCCUGAGCUGAACCAACUGUGCACGAUGGACCUUGUGAAGUGGUGUCGGGAGUACGAGACUGGUCAAGGACAAACAAUGUCUUGCCUAUUACAAACACUGGAGGACUACCCUAACAAGUUAAAGCCGGAGUGUAAGAAAGUUCUUGAGAGACGUAAAACUCUCUGGGAGUUGGCAGCCAAGGUAGCACCAGUGGAGAGCCUAUCUGAAGUCCACGAAAUGAUCAUGCAGUCGCCUGCUAGGCAUUAUUUGCUGGGAGUUCAUGUAACCAUUCUAGGCAUCAUAUUUGUGCUAGGAAUCACUUGCGGUAGAGUGACUAAGCGUGUGACGAAAACUAAAGAGUUCCAUGUUUCUGAAGAAUGUCAUGAGAAGAAUGUCCUUGUGAAACGUGAGGUUGUUUUGUAAGUGCUCAUGCUUUAAGCAUUAUAGCAAUAUUUUUUUUAAUUUGAGAACCAUAUAAUUCUUUGCAACAAAAAUAACUUUGUAGUCCUUUGUAAUUGUUUUCAAAAUGCUGUUGCAUUAAAACUAUGGAAUUAUAUUUUUUUUUAAUAUAUGUGGUAUUUUCACUUAUUUAUCUUCAGCUUGAACAUAUGUAAUUGCUAUUAUUUGAAAUUUGAAGAUUUAUCUUUGGAAUUGUCAUUUCUUAAGGUGAACAUAACACAAUUAAUGUUGGGCAUUGUUAGCAUUUUACAUUUAUUUGAGAAAUCAAAUCAGGCAUUGUGAAGAGUAACUGUGCUACCAGUCCUUUCUGGUAGAUACAUAUACCUUUGGUGUUUUGUGAUAGAUAUAAUUUUUAACAUUGCAUUUUGCGCUAAGAAUCUCUUCGCAUCCUUGUAGUAAUGGGCAGUGCACAUGUAUGCAUUUGUAUGUACGAUGCCAUUGAAUACUGCAUAUAUAUGAGCCGCGUUAUGAGAAAACAGGGCUUAAUGCAUGUUUUAAAGUUUCAUCCUAGAUAAGCCUGUAUUGACCUUACAGACAAAUCAGGGACAAUGCUUUCCUGUAUUGACCUUACAGACAAAUCAGGGACAAUGCUUUCCACUCAUAUGGAAUUUUUUUUAAGAAAGUUUCUUCUAGGCAAAAAGUGUCUUCCUAAUUUGCCUGUGCGGACUGCAAUGUAUGAUACUUGUGUUUGUUGUUAUUGCUUUGGUUUAUGUAUAUUUAUUGAGGGACAAUAAAUUUUAUACCAUAACUCUUUAGUGCUCUUUUUGUGGUAAAACACACGAACACUUAAUUAAGCAUACUCAAUCUCAUUUUACAAACAAGUAAACAAAUAAAUUGACUUUUGUACAAUUUCUGGAAUGCGAAUAUUAAUUAAGGUAGCGCACCUCUAAUGAUUUCCCGCGAUUUAUUUUACGAUCAUUGCCGAUCUUCAAUGAUCGGUUAUUUCCGAGAGAUGCAUUUUAUUUUUUUCAAACUUCGAAUUUUGAUAUGUGUUUACCUAAUUCAUUUAGAAUACAUCAUUUUCACUAUAAAUAUUGACUUUGAUCCAAUUAUCUUCUGAAAAAUACGAUCUCGCGAUUUCUUCAAAGAUCGACAAGCCUUUUUACCUGCUUACUUAUGGAUAUCUAAUUUUAGGAUGUCCUGUAGUAGAGUUGUCGUGGCCGAGUGGUUAAGGCGAUGGGCUUGAAAUCUUUUGGGAUCUUCCCGCGCAGGUUCAAAUCCUGCCGACAUCGCAUUCUUUUUGCGACGCGUUUUAUUUCUUUUCUAACAUCAUUUGAUUUAAUAUAGCACAUAAGCUAUGUUUAUUGUUAAAUAUGUUGAAAAAUGGAUGCACAUCCUUCAAUUUUUAAAAUUAAAACAACAUUAUGGCUAAAUUGGGUAAUUUACUGCUGAAAAUACGAAUGAUGCAUGUUGCAUUUUUAUUUUUAUUUCAAAACGUAAACGGUAAAUCUGUCUAUUUCUUGGUAUUUUUGCUGUAUAUAUUGUUUCUAUAAAAAAACUCAGUUUAAAAUAUAACUUAAAUGAUCAUAUUUUGAAUUUGAUGACACUUUGUUUUUAACCGACCCAAUUUUUACCUGGCUGAAAUCACUUACAUUUCAUGGCGCUAUUCCAUAGAUAAAAAUUUGUAAAACAUAAAUGUCUGUAUAAGAAUACUUAUUUCAUCUUGUUUAAACUUUAAACACCUUUACUGCAUUUGUACACACCAACUGCAUGCCCAUAUUUGGAAAUUUGAAUGAAUUAUGGAACUUUUAUAUACCCCAGGGGUGAAAAUAAACUGGAAAAAGGCCGAGCGUGAGGGUGGUUUUGAAAAAAAUUGGUAUAUUUUUUUUAAAAAGCAUGGAAAGCCUACCUACAAAUUUGCAUGUAGUUCAGUGAAAUGAUGCUGAUUAUGAAAAUAAUUUAUUAAAUUAUAUUUGGAUAUGUGCCUAUUAGGGGUGCGCUACCUUAAAUCGGCCUUUAAACUUUGCCUUUGUAUGAGACUGCUAUACAUGUGACAGUCUUUAGUAAACGUAUAGCAUUAAGAAAGGACUUAUUUGUUUAACAGACUUUUCUUGAAAAAAUAUUUACAUUAAACCAAAGUGUUUGGCCAGAUGCCAAGGUUAUACCUCCCCGUAAACCUGUGUCUUCUGUAGAAACAAUAACAUAUGGUACACUGUCUAUGUCAGAAUUACUGAAGUUGAUUUAGUUGUGCUUUUAUAGGUAUAAGCAUAAUAUGUGUUAAUCAUUCACUGUGGAAUUACAUUCCAUGGAUGAAAGGUAUAACAUAUGAUAUAUCUCUUUAAAACGUUUCUGUUUGCGGAAUAUGUGUCAUUACAGUGGAGAUUCGUUUUGAAAUGUACCCACUAACAAAUGGUGUGUGAUCUGGAAUGCAUAUCAUUUUUUAAUAUGCUCAUGUAAAUCAUUGUUUUGAUUCAUGCCUAGAAAUAAAUGUCAAUUGUAGAUCAAAAUCUAAUGUUUGUUGUUGUUAAUUAAUAGUUUAGCCACGUCAUGCGAACAUUGAUUUUAUGCCAUAUGCGAAUGCGCAGGCAGGUAUUGAGCUAGGCUAGCCGCAUAUAGCAUAAUACCCAUUAUCAUGUAACGUGGCUGAAAUUAUUUUUAAUUUCAUUUUGCCAAGUUUUCUUUUAUAACCAUUAGGUGAUCAACUAAAAUAAAUGUUUAGUUUAUAGAAUAUUUUUUUUGGGAAAAUGUUUUAAUCUAGUGCUCAAUGUGUGCUUAGCACUUAUGUCGAAUACACAUCGUUUACUCAAACAUGCUCUUUCUGUCAUGGCUGUUGUAUUGCUAUACAUGUUUGCAAGACGAGCAAUGGUUUUUAUAAACAUUUGUUCAUUUUUCUAAGCUGCUUUUGUUAAAAAGUCCACAUACUUUGUAUUAAACCAUUCCGGCAAACUUUGGCUUGAUUUCAUUUUGAAUAAUUUCUGCAACAAUCAAAUUGCCUGUUCCAAUUAUGAUGUUUGUUAUCAAACAUAUGCUUACAGUACGGUUAUUUCGAUUGUUAUAUAUCGAUACUGUUGAACAUCAUAUGUAACAUUUGAUUGGACUUGUGUGCUUUGCAGCAUUUGAAUGGCAAAUAAACUUACAAACACAUGUUAUUCAAUUUGUUUAAAUCAACAACGUUGUGCUUGAUUUAAAUGUGGGAAAUGUGAUUGUUAUCUUGAACACCACUUUAUUGCCUAUACGAUGUUUUUUAUGUUGAAUGUAUAAUGUGUAUUCAUGAACACCAUUGAAUUGCAUAUAGUUAUAAUAAUUGUUCAGGAAUUGUUUGGGUUUUUUGUUGAUUUUUAUUUCUAAAUUUUAUGACGUAAAUGUGCUUAUUUGCUAACCUAUUUAGAUUGACUUGGCUAUUUUUAAUCAAGAAAAAGUAUAUAUAUUAUGUGUAAACAUGAAAUUUUUAAAACAAAUACAAUAUAAGAACAAUAAUCAUGGUCGCUACAAUAGUACCAGAGGGUUUCCUGAAGUACCAUAUGGAAAAUACAGAAUGAAUAAACUUCAUCAUUUGUAUGUAUAUGUGUUGUAAUUCAUACUUAUGUUUGUCUUGUUUGUCUAGUUCAUUUGGUGAAUCAGAUACAGUUUUUUUUUAUAACAAACUCUGGUGUGAAUAUUGGGAUCCAAUAUAAUUAAAAAAAAAUUAAUUUGCAUGUGAUAUAUAUUGUGUUUGCUUACUGCUUAUCAAUGCUUUUGUAAAAUUCUUUUGUAAACACUGACAUUUUUAUUUCCAAAUAGCAAUAAUGAUUUCUUAAUGUGUAUUAUUUAUUUUGGUUAAAAAAUUAAAUUUUCUGAAAGCUUAUAUAAUAAAUUUAUAUUUAUAAGAUUUUUUAACAUGUUUGUUAUUCCCCGCCAUAGGCGGAGGGAUUUUGUUUUGGCGUUGUCCGUCUUUCCGUCCGUCCGUCCGUCUGGCACUUUUGUGUCCGGAGCCAUAUCUUGGAAGUGCUUUUGCGGAUUUCAAUGAAACUUGGUAUAUAUAUAAAUAAGAGGAUGAUGCACGCCUAGUGGCAUUGUACACCAUCUGUUAAUAACAGAGUUAUGGCCCGUUGUAUUUUGGAAAAAUGCUUUUUUGUGUCCGGAGCCAUAUCUUGGAAGUGCUUUGGCGGAUUUCAUUGAAACUUGGUAUGAGUAUAUAUAUGAAUAAGAGGAUGAUGCACGCCAAAUGGCAUUGUACACCAUUGGAUAAUAAAGGAGUUAUGGCCCUUUGUAUCUUGAAAAAAUGCUUUUUUGAGUGUCAAAUAUAACACUUUUGUGUCCAGAAGCAUAUUGGCGAGGGAUAUCAUUUCAACGAAUUUGCUUGUUAGCUUUAUAUUGUUAUCAAAAACGAAAUGCAUCGCAAUAGCAUGAACAAUUUAUCCAAAUAACAGUUUUGCUAUUGAUUAUUAAAAAAAUGGUAUUGCUCUAACAAGUUGUUUUUAUUGUUAUUGAAUAAACUUGGCACUUGUAAAGAUCAAUAUGCAUGAAAUAAUUUUAAGUUCAACAUUUCUGGAUUGAAUUUAUUUAUUUAAAUAUCGUUGAUUGAUUGAAUUUUCAUUAAUUAUUUUUUAAUUAUUGAAAAUAAGAGAUUUGAAAGGGUCUCAUGGAAAACUAGCCUUUAUGCUUGUGGGUAAAGUAUCGUCCCAGAUUAGCCCGUGACGACUGCUCAAGCUUAUCUGAGGUGAUACUUAACUCUUAUGCAUUAUGCACGGUGUUCCCAGAGCACUAGCCAUUUGUAAGUAUACUAUUCGUGUUAUUAGAAAUGUUAUUCUUUGGGAGGCAUAUUAAGUGAGAUCAUUUGAAUCCUGGAUGCAUACGUUUUGUUCUGUGUUUUAUAUGAUUUUGAAAUCUGCCUUGUUUUUGAAAAAUAUGUAUUAAAAUAAUCAAUACUUUUAUUACAGGAUAUUAUCUUAAUAGAGCAUGCCGUGUGUUUGGUCCGUUUAUAAUCUAUUAAGUGCCUUUUAAGAACAUGAAGUUGUCAAUGUAACUGCUUGAAGUGUUCAGUAAACUUCAUAACUGCUAGUUUAAAAUGCGUUUCAUUAGAAUAAGGGGAAUUCAACCAAAUGAUUGCAUAAAAACAAAAUAUCCUCCUGAAGGUAUCGUGUCUUGAUCGUCUCGGUAAAGUCAAACUUUCAACACAAGUUUUAUUCUUAAAAAUAACCCAAAUUUACCCCAAAAGACUCGUGCAGACAAUCAGUAUGACUGAGCUUUCAUAUUAGAUAACUAGUGUACGCCGUUUUAAGUCAAUGCUCAUUGACCAUGCAUUUGUAAUGUAUUUUUAUACCAAGCAAAACUAGUUUGUUUCAAGGUAAUAUAAUUCUUGGUCUGGGCUUGGUCAGGUCCGUCUUAAAGAUAGAAUCGGCUGAUUUUUAAACGCAAGGCCUGUGCGUGUUUAAAUUUCUGGAAAACAUAUUGCCUAUUGACCCAAGAACUAGACACACUAGAAAAACUCAAUUCUGUAAUGUUGUGUUGUCUUGUUCUGGAGUUUAUUGUGCAGUAACUGCAUGUACCAGGGGGGGGGGCAGGAUCACGUGACUUUUUGGGGUUCCACUUUUUAACUUGAGAUUUAACACGACGGUAAGUGGUGCUUUAUUACAAAUAACUUUUCAUAGUUAUUUCAACUAGUACAUUAAAGAGAGAUUUGUUAUGAUGCUUAUGGCAUUGUGAAAUACAUCAGAAUUACUAUAUUAAAUAAGCAUGUGUUGCUGUUCAAAAUUGUCUUAUUUACUGCAUACGUUGUACACGGUUAAUGGCCGGUUAUGUUUUACGCAACGUAAAAUUUGGUCACCGAUUUCAGACGUAUUCAAGGAUUUAUUCUAAUACCUUAAGAUAUCGGCACACACUGCAAGAAAAACUGUCUUUUAUGCACCAUACGUUUUUGCAAAUGUAUUUUAAUAACUUGAGAUAUUUGUAAAAAUAAAGUUCUUAACGGUGUGAUUACAUUCUGUCCAGCCCGUGUGUAAACUCAUGAAAACCCCGUUAAUUCUGCACCCUGUGUACGUGCAUGGUCUUUAUUGUUGUGUGGGUUGCGGGUAUAAUAUUUGGUGACAUGUUUUAUUUUUUAGAGAAGUAAAGUUUGGAACAAUU